GCGGACCAACGCUCCUCAAUUCUAUCUCAAAUCCUCCUCCCCGAAGCCGCAGACCGCCUCGGCCGCAUCCGACUCGUCAAAGAAUCGCGCGCCACAGACAUUGAGAACCGGCUUAUUAUGCUGGCGCGGACGGGCCAGCUGCGCUCCAAAGUGACGGAGGAGCAGCUCAAGGAGAUUCUGGGGGCUGUGGCGGAGCAGCAGGAGAAGGAGGAGCAGAAGAUUGUUGUGGAGAGGAGGGGGGGAGGCUGGGAUGAUGAUGAUGAGUUGGAGGAGCUUAUGAAGGAGGUUUAG